AUGGUUCUUAUACAUUCCGGCAAAGCCGCGCCACUCGCAACCCUAGGAACCUUCACAUCACGAUGUGGAGUAGGCACACAGCUCAAUAAUGUUGGCAAAUGCCGACUAAGAGUGCGCUCCGUGUCGACUUCAGUGUUGGCUGAAACCAAGAGUGCCCCCAAUGCCACCCUUCCUCCUCCUCUGUCCGCCCUGCCCACCAGCAUGUUACUCCGAUCCUUGCUGGUGGCUGCUAUCACCUCCAAACCAUACCUCCUCAAACCGUCUCUUUCGAUUCUAUCCCUCCUGUCGAAGUCAGGCAAUGGCCUUUUGCUGAACGUAGACCGCAAUAUCAUUCUUCACACCAUCCUCAAAUGGACGUUUUACAAGCAAUUCUGCGCGGGUGAAAAUGGCCGGGAGACCCAAGCCACCGUGCAGAUGUUCAAGGAUCUGGGCUUUCGGGGUACGCUCCUCACAUACGCAAAGGAAACUGUUUUCGAUCAUUCCACCAAGAGUCAACUAGGCCUUGGUGUCACCACGGACCAGGCGAACGGCACGGGAUAUUGUGAGCAUAUCGAGGCUUGGCGCGAGGGCACAGUAAAGACCGUCGACCUGCUCGGUGAAGAUGAUUAUUUGGCUAUGAAGUUAACUGGCGCCGGACCCGCCGUGACGGAAGCUUUCGCUGCCGGCGAACUGCCCCCUGUACAGAUGAUCAAAGCCUUGGAAGAAAUCUCCGAAAAGUGCAAAGCCAAAGGCGCUCGCAUUCUCAUUGAUGCCGAAUCCCAACAUUUCCAGAAGGGAAUUGCCCGUGUGACCAUUGAUCUCCAGCGCAAGUACAACCGGGAUGGAUACGCCCUCGUCUAUAAUACCUACCAGGCUUAUCUCAAGAGCACCCCAACUACUCUGGCUACUCACCUCACUGCUGCUAGUGAGGAGGGAUUCACUCUUGGACUCAAGCUGGUCCGAGGCGCGUACAUGGCUUCCGACGACCGAUCUUUGAUUCACGACACGAAACAAAACACCGAUGACGCAUACAACUCUAUUGCACAGGGCGCACUGCGACAGGAGCUGGGCGAGUUUGGCGCCAGCAACGGCCGCCCUUUCCCCUCCGUGAACCUCUUCCUCGCCAGCCACAACAAGGACAGCGUCAUGGCUGCUCACCAUCUACACCAGCAGCGCCUCGCCGCCAAGUUGCCCACUGUGCCGGUUGGCUUCGCCCAGCUGCACGGUAUGUCGGACGAUGUCAGCUUUAGUCUGCUACAAUUGAAGGGACCUGAUGGGUCUCCCCAAGUCUACAAAUGCUCCACGUGGGGUGGAAUGGGGGAGUGUCUGGCAUAUCUCCUCCGCCGCGCAAUUGAGAACCGUGAUGCUGUGUCAAGAACGCAGGAUGAAUAUCGGGCAUUAAAGUCGGAGGUUGGAAGAAGACUGAAAUCCCUUGUGACGUUCUCGACGUAG